CACGGCCUUGGUGCGUGCUCGAGGGUCCCUAGCCCCUUGUGCUGGCUCAUCGCCCGCGAUCGCGCACCGUAUUGCCACCAUGGAGGACAUGAUCAUGACCGCGCCCGAUCACCCGUCUACCCGUUUUUCCCCUCCCGUUGACGACAUGGCACCCACACAAAUCGCGCAAUGGCGUGCAGAUGGGCAGACUUGCGACGACGAAUCGGGUCCCGAUAGACGAUCCGGGAGCGACUCCUCCUCCUCCUCGAGACGACCUGCCUCUGUGCAGAGCAGCUUGUUAUUGUCCUCUGCUGAUCGCUUUCCGUUCGAGGUCUUCGAGGACAUCAUCGAUGAAAUGGACGACGCGUCCACGUUGCUUGCAGCGGCGCAAGUCCGCAAGGCAUGGUAUCCUCGUGCCAUACGCAACCUCUACUACACCGUCAAAAUAGACACACGCAAACGCUUCGACAUGUUGUUCAAGCUGUGUCGCGCGUCUCCGCACGUCAAGCAGUGGCUCGCAACCACGCGCGAGCUGCGACUCGCAGACGAUGAUCGCUGGGAUGAUUUUAUCGUCAUGGAUCUCGGUGGCGGAAAACCUCGCUUUCUUCAUGCAGUACCCCCUGCCCUUGGCCACGCAAUGUCUAGAGUGCAACAUCUUGCAUUCAAAGGGCUGCGUGGUGACGUGCACGCGACAUUUUACCUUGCCCUAUCGCAGUUCUCGUCCGUCAAGUCACUGGAACUGUCCUGGUGUUCGCUGAAGCUUUCCCAGCUUCGGCGGAUCAUAUAUACCUUCCCCCUACUUACAACACUCACACUGAAAAAGAUUCGCAUCGUUCCACAUGAGACUGUCAGCCCUAUGGUGACUACAUCCUUUCGCUCACCACAUGACAUACAUCUGCGCUAUCUUUGUAUCAAGGAGCGCUCGCAGAACUCCAAACUCAUCGACUGGAUAGCGCAGUCGGGCCUCUGCAUCUCCCUCGAGGAUCUGACCGUCUGGGUCAAUGAAGAAUCCUUGUGGGAAAGCGUUAGCGCACUCCUCAAAACCGCUGGGUCUUCCUUGACUCGAUUAGAGACUGACUAUCUCCACGGCGACCUAGAGCAUAAUACCGCCUUGCGAUCCUUGGUUCUCCGUCUCGCUCGGUACAGUGCCCAACUCGUAGUGACAGAAGAUCAGGGGCAUAACAUUAACAGGCUAGCGAGCCAGUUACACGGCCUUCUCUCCACUGUCCGAAGCCACCAGCUCGAGCACCUCGAGAUCGAGACCUUUGUUUGGACCAGUUACCUUGCUGCCAGCCCCGCACGCGUCGAUUUACGGGCCCUGCACAAGACCAUGAGCCAGCCGCACUUCAAUGCGCUGAAGGAUGUCAAGGUGAAGGUGGACAUGGGGCGGGUGAUGGGCAUGAUGACUCAGGCUGAGGCCGAAACCUUCAGUCAGGAGCUCGAGGCCAUGUUUCAGAGGUUGCUCCGGCCGUGGUCUGACCGCGGUACAAUCAAACGCUUCACCUGGGUACACCCUAUGUACUAUAAGACAUAGAGACACCCU